AUACAUCACAAGCCACCAAGAUUCCUUAAUUUCAAUGGCUUAACUAUUUUCCAAAUUGUACUUCUACUUUUCAUUUUUCUCUCUUCUUGUAAAGGUCCAUUUUUGGAGGUUCUUCAACUCAAAACAAGGAGCUUUAUAAAUUCUUUUGUUUCACUUUGUCAUGUGAUUUUGUUCAUCUAUUUUGAUUCUACUAUAUUCAAAUUUCUGGGAUUGUUCAUGUGCCAACUCGGUGUGUGAUGCGAUAUUUGUAGUGAUUCUGAUGAAAAAUGGAGAAGUUUUUCAGAGCUAAACGUCGUCGUCUGUUUGUGGCAUCGUUGUUAUGCUGCCUUCGCUUGUUCAAUCUAAAUUCUUGCUUCUCUCUAAAUGAUGAAGGCGUGGCUCUGCUGAGGCUUAGGGACAAAGUGGCGAGUGAUCCACACGGGGCUUUGUCGAAUUGGAUUGAUGAAAAUGGAGUCGAAACCCCGUGUUUUUGGUUUGGAGUUGAGUGCUCAAAAGGACAUGUUGUGGCUUUGAACCUGAAAGAUCUGCGUCUCAAAGGUACGCUGGCUCCUGAGAUCGGGAACCUGGUUCACGCCAAGUAUAUUACUCUGCGCAACAAUUCUUUUUCCGGGGUAAUCCCUAAAGAGAUGGCGAAUUUGAAACAGAUACGAGUCUUAGACCUUGGACAUAACAACUUCAGCGGACAGCUUCAUGUUGUGCUCCACAAAUAUUUCUCAGCAGCAAUCCUUUUACUCGACAAGAACGAGUUGCUUAGCACGACCUCAUCUACUAACAAACUAGUAAAAUCUAGACGUUUUGCACGUAGAGAACUGUCACAAGAUCCUCCUUUUGUGCAAAUGGAGACCUUGUUUUGGUUUCCUCCUCCAAGUCCAGAAUCCACAUUGCCACCAAUUAAUCCGGUACCAGCUCCAGAGACGGAUCCUUUGCCACCAGCAACGAAACCUUCACCCUCGCCUCCAAUUUCUCCUGCUCCUUCUCCUUCUCCGGUUACAACUAUUUCUCCGCCUCUCCAGCCUACACCAGCUUCAGCACCAAGCACACCAGCUCCUUCUUCUAGUAGGCAUCAUCAUCGGAUUCUGAUAGUGUCUGCUGCUGCUGGAGGUCCUGCUUUGCUUCUCUUGAUCAUCGGUAUCUAUUUUUGGCGAAGUGGCAAGGUUUCUACUGUCAAGCCCUGGGCUACAGGAUUAAGUGGACAACUUCAAAGAGCAUUUAUAACUGGUGUCCCAAAGCUCAAGAGAUCUGAGCUUGAGGCCGCGUGUGAAGAAUUCAGCAAUGUGAUUGGCUCGGCAUCUUUAUGUACGCUGUAUAAGGGUACGUUGUCAAGUGGAGUUGAGAUAGCAGUGGCGUCCAUUGCAGUGGGAUCGCCUAAGCAAUGGUCAACCAGUAUGGAAGCCCAGUUCAGGAAGAAGAUCGACACGUUAUCAAAAGUGAAUCACAAGAAUUUUGCGAGCCUCCUCGGAUAUUGUGUGGAAGAGCAGCCUUUCACUAGAAUGAUGGUUUUUGAGUAUGCUCCAAAUGGAACACUCUUUGAGCAUUUGCAUAUAAGAGAAGCAGAGCACUUGGAUUGGACUACUCGAAUGAGAAUAGCAAUGGGCACGGCCUACUGCCUCGAACACAUGCACCAGAUGGCUCCACCGUUCAUCCAACGAAACUUCAAGUCCUCAGCUGUGUAUCUCACUGAGGACUAUGCUGCAAAAGUCUCCGACUUUGGCUUCUCGGACGAGAGGUCAUCUGCAGCCACGAGGGAGCCAGACGUGCAGAGCAAUGUCUACAGCUUUGGCGUUGUGCUGUAUGAGAUGAUAACCGGGAAGCUCCCAUACACGGCUGGCAGUGACGCUCCUGAGCAUUGGGCCUCGGACUAUCUUAAUGAGAUGCAGUGCCUAGGAGAGAUGGUCGAUCCGACACUGGAGACGUAUGGCAAGGAUCAGCUUCAACGGGUUGGUGGUGUGAUAAGAUCAUGUACUGAUCCAGAUCCGAGGCAGAGACCGAGUAUGAGAGAAGUUUGUGCUCAGCUGAGGGAGAUAACAGGGAUAGAACCCGAGAUGGCCGUGCCAAAGCUGUCGCCUCUGUGGUGGGCGGAGCUCGAGAUUCAGUCAAGUGAUGCUGGCUGAAUAAGUGAAGGUGGAAGGGUAAGGGUAAGUAUUUGAGCCUUUCUUUUUCCCUUUCUCAUUGCACAUUUCUUGAAUGCAGAAGAAAGUUUUUUCUGCAGUAAGAUUGGAGGUUGUAUAUAAAUAGAGGAUAAUAACAUUUUGUGUGGAUUUUUUCAUGAAUACACUUAGCACUUUGUGCA